GUUCAUCUUGUCGGUCGCGGCGCGGAGCACUCGCGGGAAUGCCUGACACCGUGCGCGAGGUGGACGGCGAGCCCGAGUCAUUGCACGGCGGCGCCCGUUAGCAUAGCCGCUAGCCGCCGCCGGAGGCCCGCGGCGCACGGGUCCUGACGCCUCUGCGCCGCGGGCCACGCGAGCGUGAGCACGACGCGCGUUCGGGUCCGUCCGCUCGACAUCCGUUUGAUGGCCCGUAAACAGCGUUGAGGGCGAUCGUGUUUAGAGGACCCCCCCCCCCACACACACACACACACCACCCACCGUGGAUGGGAGCUGGGAGCCUGGCACACAGUGCGGGCACCCCGGUGCGCGUGAGCUGCGUGAAUGCUCCGAGACAUCAUCCGGAACCCUUUCACGUUUGGACCUCUCAUCCUCAGCAAUAUGGAGUUUAAUAAGUUCGUGAGGUUUGGGGGGGUGGGGGGGGGGUCCAGCUGAUUCAACAAUAACCUGCUGAUAGGAGUAGCGCAGCCAUGCGGGCACGCGAGAACCAGGAAAUGCCUAUAGAUGGAAUGCAUUGUGCGCCAGCCUCAGUAAUGACUCCACAGUAAUCACGCUCUCAGCUCCUGCAGCUUUGUAUCACAGAGCUGGAAACAAGUCGCCCACACGUUCACAGCUGACCCGUCGUAGCAUCAACUACCCUUCGGUGGUGUGCGUAGGCGCACCAUGGCCCAGACCCUCCAGAUGGCGAUCCCCAACUUCGGCAACAACGUCUUAGAGUGUCUGAACGAGCAGCGGCUGCAGGGCCUUUACUGCGACGUCUCCGUGGUGGUCAAAGGCCACGCCUUCAAGGCUCAUCGAGCCGUUCUGGCUGCCAGCAGUUCGUAUUUCCGAGACCUUUUCAGCAGCAGCAGCAACGGCGGAGGAGGCGGCGGCAACGAGCCGAGCCCCACCGUGGUGGAGCUGCCGCCGGCUGUGCAGCCCCAGAGCUUCCAGCAGAUCCUGUCCUUCUGCUACACGGGCCGCCUCAGCAUGACGGUGGGGGACCAGUUUCUGCUCAUGUACACCGCCGGAUUCCUGCAGAUCCAGCAGAUCAUGGAGAAAGGCACGGAAUUCUUCCUCAAGGUCUCCUCACCCAGCUGCGACUCCCAGGGCCUCCACGCAGAGGAGGCGCCGCCUUCGGAACCCCAGAGCCCCGUGACGCAGACCGGCAGCAGCGCGCCGCGCCCGGCCUCCUCGCUGACGCCGCUCCCGCUCGUGUCGCGGGUGAAGACAGAGCAGCCGGCCGGGCCGCCGGAGGCGGCCGCCCCCUACUCGGUGGUCUGCACCCCCGUGGCCAAGCGACUCUGGGAGGGCGGCAGCAGCCGAGACGGCGGCGGCGCCGGGGCGGGGGGAGGGGCCGGGGCCCGGAAGGCGGCCCGCUACUCCCAGGAGGCGGUGCGGGGCAGCGCCAUCCAGAGCCCCGGCACGCUGGGCCUGGCCAUGGGCAUGGGGGCCACCACCGGGCCGGCCGGCGGCGGCACCGGCGCCACCAACGGCGGCUUUGCAGCCGGUCUCACUGUGUCAGAAGGUGCCAGUCCUGGCACUCUGAGCACCUACACUAGUGACUCGCCCAUUAGCUACCAUGACGACGAAGAGGAGGAGGAGGGGGCGGACGAAUGUGCCGAGGAGCAGUACAGGCAAAUCUGCAACAUGUAUACCAUGUACAGCAUGCUCAACAUGGGAGCAGCCGCUGCUGGCGAGCGCGUGGAGGCGCUGCCGGACCACACGGAGACGCGGGGCCGCAUGCGAGGGCGGGACCUGACGUGUCUCCCGGCGGAACUCAUCGCUCAGAUAGGCAACCGCUGUCACCCCAAACUGUACGAGGACGGAGACCCCGCUGAGAAGCUGGAGCUAGUCUCAGGUACGUCUGUGUAUAUAUCACGAGCCCAGCUCAUGAACUGUCACGUGAGCGCGGGGACCAGACACAAGGUGCUGCUGAGGAGGCUGCUGGCCGCCUUCUUUGACAGGAACACGCUGGCCAACAGCUGCGGAACAGGCAUCCGCUCGUCCACCAACGACCCGAGCCGCAAGCCCCUGGACAACAGAGUGCUGCACGCGGUCAAAUUUUAUUGCCAGAACUUCGCCACCAGCUUCAAAGAGAGCGAGAUGAACGCCAUCGCGGCCGACAUGUGCACCAACGCCCGCCGCGUCGUCCGCAAGAGCUGGAUCCCCAAGCUGAAGCUGCUGAUGGCCGAGAGCGACGCCUACUCCGCCUUCCUGCCCGACGGCGUGAAGGCCGAGGACGACGGCCUGGGGGCCGAGCAGGCGUUCGACCCGGCCGCUCUGGAGGCCGCCGGAGGCGCCGGCAUGGAGUCCGGCGGCUCUUCAGGUGGUGGGUGGGGACUUACUGGUGCAGCCUGUGGAGGAAUAGGACAUGGCUUGGAGCAGAGGGGGCCAAUGUACUGAAUGUAAGUGUCAGUGGCAUUUCUCUCUAUGCAAACCUGACAACUUGUAUUCCAGCCACGGGAACGGAACUAAAUUUACCGUAGGUUAUUAAAACGAUUAACACUACUUGUUCUUCCUCCAUUCGCAUCCUCUGCAAGUAUUCCCGACCCCACCGCACCUCUCACGAUACCAGAGAAGCUCACUCGCGUAUCACUGUGCAGUGUCUUGGAGACACACUAUGUAUCUCAUGUGUUUCUCUGUUUUCAAAGUGUUUAGCAUAAGCUGAAAAGUGAUCCAGAGAGAAGGGGGAAAAGCUUUUUACUGAGAUGAUUGUAAAGCAAGAGGUAAUCAAAGAUGGUCAUAUUUUUAGAAGAUAAACUAUAUUUAUACCGGCGCCCAUGCCUGGAACGGUGUGAGCGGAGACAGUGAGAGGGAUUGUUUUAAAAUCUCGAUCUUAAUGUUUUACUGAAAGGAGUCUAGUCGGAAAGGAAAAGUGCUAUUUUUGCAGAAAAACCUAUUACGCAGUCUUAUUAUAGGACCCUCAGUCGUUUAUUUUUAUCUUUAUUUUACAGUACAAAGUGAUGUAACGAGCAGUUGAACUGCUAAAUUUGAAGCCUUUCAUGUCCCGUUCACCACCUUGAAACGCAAAUGAGGCUGUUGUCUGUGAUCACCGCCUCGUUAGGUCGCCGACCGGCAACAUUCCCCUCCUUGAACAAAACACUGGCCCCACAGUUUUUAAAAUUCUUUAGAUAGAUUAUAUUGGCCCAACUCAGCUCGUUUCGUCUUUGCAUUGACGUCAUUGGGGAAAGAAAGAAGCCGCAGACUCAAAGUCACAGGAAAUAAUUGGGCGAUAGUGGAACGUGCCUUUUAUGUUGAAUCAAUAAGCUGAGAGCUGUCGGGUGGUAAUGUCAAGGAGGAGGCGAUGUUGAUGGAAGCAAAUAGGUUUUAUGGUACUAUCCACGUGUUUGAUGGCAAAGAAGUCGUUUCCUCUCGUAUGUAGUUUCCUCAUUUGUGUGUCCUCCUUCAAUACACCACCUCCUUAUUACACAAAAUCAAAAUGGCUGAUUUUUUUUUUGGAGUUUGAAAUACUUUUGCACCUUCUGUGUAAGGUUAGAGUGGAGGUUUCUGCACCUUAUUGAGAAGAACCAGUGGUUCAUGCACCUUUUUGAGAAACGCGUAGCAGUCACCCCGUUUAGGUGGAAACUGUAAUUAUUUCUUUCCAUAUCUGCCUGUGUUUCUUGUUCAGAACGUGGCACAAACACCUACUGUAAAUAAUCAAGACUGUUGAGGUCAAUCCCAAGUGUUCUUCCUUUCUGUUGCUGGAUGCAUCUGAUUAUAAAAUGUCCAGAGUGACCUUUUUAUGUUUAAGCUGAUGUUUGCUAGGAACCUUUGAAUGCAUGGUGACCUCUGACUGGAGGCCAGUGCAGGGGUUCAUCAUCUCUGUUGCAGGUGUGUAUACAUGAACGCGGUCAGGGUCUGACUUUGGAAAGACGAAACGCUCUUACACAUCACGGAUCAUUGUCUCCUACUGCAAAGACUUUUAUUUUUCUGAAAAGUAAACCACAAAUGCUUCCACCAUGUAGUUAAUCUUACAGGAAAAUAGCAAGAAUGACAUACACAGUGCAACUUAUUUUCAUUAUUGUUCAGAUAUAAUAUAACCAUGACUUUACUUGGACAGAACAAAGAUGCAGUACCGUGUACGUAUUCAGGAAGGGCAAUGACAAUAAAACCUCAGUUUUGCAUUUGACUGUAGAUGCAACAUGAGCACCUCCACUUACCUCCUCAGUAUCUUUGACUGUUGUGCUUCCUGUCCUUCAUGCAGCUGCUGCCGCGUUUCACUUCCACAAGUUUGUUCUUGUUUCAGAGGCAAAGUGGCGUUUUUUGGGGUCGUUCAAGCUCAGUUACAAUGUGCAGGUUUAAUUUGCCUAAUGGCUUUCGGCUGUUUCUAGCUACAGUCAAAUGUGCGUUUUCAUUGUGACAAGGUUUAAUUUUGUCAAAAAUGUUUCACUUCUCUUUGAGCCCCCAAAUGCUUCAGAAUAAAUUAAACGUAAUACAGGCAAAAACUAAAACUAGCUGAGAUGAAAAAUGUUAGCUGCUUAGUUCUUAGAAAAGUGUUCUUUAAACUAGAAUAUAAUGAUUGACAUUUUUAGGGGGGACCAAGAAGUGAUAACUAUGCUACACAGCGACCAACUAAAAGAUCUGUGCUUCAGUCUGAGUCACUGACUGGAGCUGAAAUGUCACCAGUGAAUCCACAUUGAUUCCAAGGAAGCAAUAGCGGUCUGCUUUCACAAAAGCAGCAGCAAAUGAAAUGUCAACACUGUAACACGGACAAAGUCGGAAAAUCCUGCUGUCGUGACUCAUUGGUCCAGUUUAUGGCCUAAACCGCAAUUAGCUGAAUCUGCUGUUUAGAAAUAACAAUGAUUUAAAUCCUGCUAAUCGUGACCUGGUAAACAUCAGGUUUGCCCACAACCUCCUUGUGAACACCUUUUACUUUUUGUGCAUUUGAGGAGAAGUCUAAUGGUUUGUUAUUUCUAAACCUAGCAUUUGUGUUUACAUUUCACAAAACAUAUAAACCUACACACUUGAAUAGAUAAGGUGUGGCACGGCAUGGGGAACCUUUUGUCACUACACAGUACAUAUAUAAAUAAUAUUAUAUAACUGUAUAGAUAAAACUGUAUAUUAUAUAUAGACACACUCAUAGAGGUCAAAUUGUUUGUUGUGCACUCACAGCAUGAGGUAUAUAUUUACCCAAACUCAGUGCUUCUUCACAACCUGUGCGGUAAUUGGUCUGCCCAUGUCUUCACCCCUGCUCCCUGCCCUCUGUAACCCUGUAGCGCCAGUGGACCUCCUGUACUGCUCAUCCUAUUCUUUCUGUGUUCCAAGUGCCAAUAACUUUGUGAAAGCCCUGUAACUGUGACCCAACAUUAUCAAAGAUAAUUGCACAUUAACGACUGUAAAAUAAAUAAAUACAAAUCAUAGAAAAUGUUGAAAUGGAUUAAAUAUCUUAAUAAAAGAUUUGUAACAA